AUGACAGAAGGCUGUGAAAAAUCAAAAAUCAAAGGAGACAAAGACAAUGUGGACUCAAAAGCUGGAGAAUGGGAAGACAGGAAAGUGGGAGAACGGGAGAACGGGAGACAGAAGGACUGGAAAAUGAGAAACUGGGAAACUGAGAUGGGAGACGGGAGACGGGAGACGGGAGACGGGAGACGGGAGACGGGAGACGGGAGACGGGAGACGGGAGACGGGAGACGGGAGACGGGAGACGGGAGACGGGAGACGGGAGACGGGAGACGGGAGACGGGAGACGGGAGACGGGAGACGGGAGACGGGAGACGGGAGACGGGAGACGGGAGACGGGAGACGGGAGACGGGAGACGGGAGACGGGAGACGGGAGACGGGAGGAUGUAGGAGACAAUUGGGAGAUGGUUUGGCUUGGCACCUUAAGAGGGCCUUACAAGGCAUUUUAA